GCAGUGUCCUGCUAGGUCCUCUGGGAUUCUGUGCUGUCGGAGCGCGCCGGCAGUCGUCAAGCAAUAAGCUAGCUAUGGAGGAUGAAGCUUGGAUAGCCGACUACUUCUCCGUUGUUGGCGCGAGGAACGAUGGAGAUCUAGACCUUCUUGAUCCCGAACUCCAUUCUCCGGAAAUGCUCAAGUGCGUGUGGGAAGAUGCAAUCACCGAUAUUGCAGUUGUGAGGACCGGAAAGGGGGAAGUCUGCCCGGAAGGGUACGAGCUGAUAGACCGGACGCCAAUGGGGCACGACGCGGACCUGAAUCACGGCAGCGUCACGAGCUGGGGGCUCCGACGUGCGAUUCAUCUGGCGGUUCGGCGGCAGCACGUCUCGCAAAGAGACGAUUACAUCGCCGAGAUUCAGGUCGUGUUCAGCGGCGAUGCGUACGAGGUGCCCGAGGGUCAAGGUUGGGAGCUCGUGGAGAAGAGCGCCUCGGGAAAGGGGGCCAACUUGAACAAGGUGAUGGAGUGCACUUCCGACCGAAACAUCCGAGUCCACCGAGUGGGCGGGGACGACGCUUUGCUGGCCGUGCGCAGAGCCGUCCGUGACCUCGUUGACUGCCCUGCGGCCGUGUGCUCCGUGUGCGUUCUGCUGCGCAACAAAGAGGAGCACCCGCCCCCAGGGUACCGAGUCAUCCAGAAGGAUCUCAACAGAGGCAAGUCCGGCGACGUGGUACAGCUGGGGUACCAGGUCGGCGGCGCGUUGUCGACCGUUCGCCUGCCUUUUCGAUCCAUGAUUUUGGACCGUUACCCGGAGCAGGACUCUCCUCUGUUUCCUUUCCCUGGGGACCAGCUUCCUAUGUUCGUCUAUCCCAAGGUGCGGGGGGGGGCCGUCUGUGUUACAGAGGCCGCCCGGGGGAGAAUGAGGAUGGGUUCCCACGGAUCCAAGUCUUACGGGAGGGGGCUAAGCAGCCUGUCGCAGUCCUCCAGGAAAGUGCGUCCGCUAUCAUCCACCGGGUCGUGGUCCGGAGGGGACCUCGGCGCAGCGGCUGCCGCCGCCGCCUCCGGCUGGCCUCCGCAGGCUUUCGUGCGGGCGGCGGGAGGCGGCGUAGGCGCCGCCGCGCACAUGCCGUCGUUGGCGUCGUCGACGUCGACGUCAUGGACCAAGCUGUCGGCGGCCACGCUAGCGUCCCAACGCUUCGGCCCUCGCGCCGGCAGCCAACACCAAAGUCCCACGUCUUGGCGACAGCCGUUCGCCGCCGAAGUUUUUGGCGCCGGCGGUGCCAAGGGGGCGGGCGGUGAUGAAGAUGAUGGUGCAACCGCGGGGGCGGCAGCGGCGACGCCGAAACGGCCUACUCAACGAGAGGAAAAUGAAAUGUCGCCCACCGUUACACAGUCCGCCGCGUUCCACCGCGGCAGCGGGCGCGUAGGUGGUACUGGCGGCAGAUCGGGGCGCCCCGUAGAUGAGCGCCGUUGGGAAGAGGGUGACGUACCGUUCCGAGAUAACCCCCUGGAUGUCAGGCCCAAGGGUUUGGCUUUAGGGGCAGCGAGGGAGCUGGCAACGGGGGAGGCGAAGGCACAGGAGCAAAGCCUGGAAGGGGCCGCAAGAGGAGCAACUCAGGGGGUGGCGAUUGGGGCUCAAGGUGUUGCUGAACCGACGGAAGGAGGGAUCACCGCAUCGGCAUCCCCUCGUCCCAAGGCGGUCGAACCACCGGCUGCGGGCGCUACACUGGGUCAUAGGGUGUGGGUGUCGGCGGCGGCGGCAGCAGGGAGGGGCGGCAACGACGGGGGCGAUGGCCGCGGCAGCAGCAACCCGGCCGCCGGGUUAGACGAUCUCAGCGACGAGGAGUACGACCUAAUGUGCCAGAGGGAAGACCGGCCUUGCAUCUUCGCGCCCAAGACGAUCUGCGUCAUCUCGAGGUUCCCCAUCUACGGGGUGCUCCGCCGUUUCCUUCGCCACCUGUACGCCAUCAGCCUCUCGCGGUCCGACGUCCCCCUCGAGCGGUACAUUUCCAUGUUCGUGUCGUGCAUCCCGAUGCCCCCGCCAGGUGGGUGUCCGUUUCAUGUGUACCUGGAGCACCUCGAGAACCAAGACCCUCGACGGUCGCGCCUAAAGCCCCUCGCCCUGCAGAUGCCGCCGGCCGCCUGGCUUCCGCUGAUGGACAUCGACUUCGCGGCGCCCUUCCGGUGCCUGUCGGUGCAGUCUGUGCUCACCGUGUUCGCGCUAAUGCUUCAGGAGGCGAAGAUUUUGUUUCUGUCGAGCAGGGCCGAGCUCCUAACUCAAGUGAUGGAGGCCCUCCGGAGCCUGUUGUUUCCCAUGGAAUGGCAAUCGGUCUACGUCCCGCAGCUGCCGUACGCCCUGGCGGGGUACUUGGAGUGCCCCGGCGGUUUCAUGAUCGGCAUGCGGCUCACCAAGGGGGAGCUGGAGCGAGGGACGGGAGGAACGGCUACGGUGGUGAGGGACCUUGGCCUCGAAGGUGUGGCCAACGCUGUAAAUCUGGAUGCCGGCGAAGUCCUUCUUUACUCCGGUCACCUGGCUGACUCGGUGGCAGCGCCCGAGGGCAACGCGCAGCAGGCUUCCACAGGCAGCCAGAGAAACUCCGCUCGAGGCCACCAAUCACUAUCCGCCGGCGGCGGCGGCAGCUCGCGGCGAAGUCUAAACAAUAGCCAGAGCUCUUCGGGGUCGUCCACGCUGCAGCAAGCGCUCGGGGGCAUGUGCGGCUGCGGCUGGAAAUCACUCAACGGCGCGGACAGCAGCUGCUACGGCAGCGGCCGCAACGCGGAUGGUGUGCAGGGGGGCUCCUUCAUCGCGAAGGACGAGGAGACCGCCACCCCGUGGCUCCCCGUGCUUCUCCGCGAGGACCUGGCGGCGCGGCUAGAGCGGGAGCUCUUCAGCGAGGCCGCCGGCGUGCGCGUCGGGGUGGAGGAGGAGCUCGACCAGUACGAGAGCGCGUUCGAAUUCGCGCCUGCCCCGGACAGAACGGACGCGUUCGUGCCGCACUUUAGCAGCGAGCGGAUUCAAAUGGUUGAUGCCAGAGGGGACCGGCUCGGCACAGCCGGAGAUCCAGCACCAACGAGGCAUCACGGUGGUAGCGCUGCCACCUCUUCCGCGGACGACAGCUUCGAUACGGCCUCGGUUGUGCGGGACUGCUUCUUGUGCUGCAUGUCGGAGCUUCUGGGCGGGAUCUGCGGGUCCCUCCGUCAGUCCGAGGCAAGACGCUCGAGACGCAGCCUGCGGACGAAACCGCUUGACGAGCUGUUCAACAUGAGCCGCUUCCUUGAAGGAAUGGACGCGUCGCACGGAGCCCGGCCGUUUCUCCAGAGGCUAACGUCGACACAGAUGUUCUGGGUGAUGGUGCAGCAGUGGCUAGGGAGGUCGUCGUCGCCAACCGACUGCCGCCUGUUAUUCUUCGAGGAGUGCGCAAUCGCCGUCAAGAACAGGCUAGCCGGGGCGGUUGUGCCAUGGAAAGACAGCGGCGACGGCGCCUCGGUCGAAGGCGGCGGCGACCGCGACCGUCACGGCGAUGGCGAUGACGAUGACGGCUCGGCUGGCAGGAGGCGACGGUGGGUGGUGUUCGUUGUUGGUGUUGCGUUGCAGUGCAGUUGUAGCGUGGGCUGCUUUCAAUGUAAGUGUGCACAGGUGCGACGAAGGGUUCAUCCCCCUGGUAGACGAGGUGCGGCUGAAGCGCCCCGACCUGUACGGGCUCAGUUCGUACAAUCUGUACGGGCCUGCGCGGCUGGAGGGGUCCAGGUCGACGCCACUCGCGACGCCGGUGUCCGGGCGGAGGCGGCGGAGUCCCCCCUGGGAGGGGAUAGCUCUUGCACCCCUCAGGGAAAGGGUGGUGGCGACAGCGGUGCCGGCGGGAGUUGGGAUGGUUUCUGCGAGGUCUGCACGGGCCCGCCGGUCAUCAUCCCGGGUCCUACCGCCCAAGGGAUUCCCAACGAGGGGCAGCAUCCUUCCUUCGGGUACGACGACGGGUGGCCGACGCCUCUAAACCGAGGCCUCCUCCACACGCCCCCCGAAGCUCUCCCGCCGGUCGUGCCCAAGCUGCAGCUCCACGCCAGCUGCCACGCCUCCCGGCCGCAGGGCCCCGAGCAGGGUGUGAUGGCCGGAAGCGAGAGCAAACGCGCCGACACCCCCGCGGCUACAACCGCUGCUGCUGCUGUAGACUCGUCGUUGGAAUCGCUAGCGAGAUCCAUGGCUGGGGGUCCAAGGGAUGCGUCCUCGGGGGAGACCGUACCCUCGCAGCAGGGUCUCGGCCAGUCCAGCAGAUUCGCGGAGAGCGAUCAGCUGCCGGAAGCUCCGGGGUAUACAGGCGAAGUCCGCCUGUGGCGGCCUCACGGGAAGGGCCGCAUGGUGUAUAGUGACUCCACGGUGUACGAGGGCGAGUUCCGUCACGGCCGACGGCAUGGCGAGGGGUCAAUGACGGGCGGAGGGAGUCACUAUGCGGGGCAGUGGACAGGCGGAAGAAGGGACGGGGUCGGGACGAUGACGUACCCCGACGGGUCGAGGUACGAGGGGAACUGGGCAAACGACGAGCGGAACGGGCAAGGAACCUACUGCUACGCGUCCGGGGCGGUGUACGAAGGCAGCUGGAAAGAAGGAAAGAUGCACGGGAAGGGCCGCUACACCGGUGCUAGCGGGUCGUGCUACGAUGGCAUGUACAGGCGCGGCGUGCGCAGCGGACACGCGAAGAUGGAGUACAGCGGUGGCCAGACCUACGAAGGGGAGUGGGCCGACGGCGUCCGGAGCGGCUUCGGCACGUACACCUUGGCGGACGGCACCGUUUUUGAGGGAACCUUCAAGCAGGAUAAGAGGCACGGGGCCGGCACGCUCCGCCGAGCCGAUGGGGUCACGAGUCAGCUAUGGGAGAACGGCAAGCUGGUGGCGGAAUCGCCAUCUCCGCCGCCGCUGCCACCGUAGGCGUCUCGUAGCGGACAACCUUACGCGCUCGCUUUCAGCCAUAGAGGGGGUUGGCGAGGGUCUGGACAGUUGUCGUUAUUUUGCUUUGCGGGGAAGUUUUUGAGGGGCCACAGCUUGGAAUGGGGGAGAGACUCCCGGAUGUGCAGGACCCCGCUAGCCGGUGUCUUGUGGCUGUAAAUUACUCUUGUGAUAUAGAUGAAGAGGCACGCUGGCUCUUGAGUGGUCUGCGGGACCAGCCUUGUUGGUUGAGUUCGAAUAAUUGUAGAAGCGCAGGUGCCGCGUCAAAGGCACCAUUAACUCAUCUGGGGGUGAUGCAAGCACGCAAUCUACGAUGACUCAUGUCAUGCUUUGCUGUUGGACCCAGCCUGAAUGAUCUCUUGGGAGCCUAAGUCUCAUUCACCAGCGUCAGGACAAUGUUGGUAUGUAAGACAAUGUGUCAUUAUCGUCUGCAGUGUAUGACUCGCACGUUGUGUACUACCACACUAGAAUCUCUCGAAGCCGUCCCGGUGUACGGUUUGGCUGGGCACUACGCUAGUUUCUCUGCGGACGUUUCGGUUUCGCAAAAGAUCAUUGUUUGUAAAGGGAGACAACCCCACGAUGUCCUGCUCACACCCGUCUGUCGGACGAGGAAUAGUCCUGAUCCACACCUAUAUCCCAAGGAGGGCAAGCUAGUGUUGUUUUUGGUAUUGCUGAUGCAAUUGUUGAUCCCCCGACUGUAGUUUUCCAAACUUUUACGUACUUCGCGAAGAGUAUUUUUCCACGUAGUUUCAGCGUUUAAGAGGGGGGUGUUGUAUUUCCCCCAGUCCAGUGUACGUGGUUUUCGUGGUUGCCAAGGUGAUGUGUGAUGUGUGCUUUAGUCCUCGAUAGUACCGCAGUGUCAGUGCCGCCGUGUAUGUCAGCGUGUGUUGAGUUUACCGAAAGUCUUUUACGGAGGCGACCUCCAUUUUUGUUCAUUCCUCCCGAGCCGAACCAACGUUGUUCUUGUUCUCGUAGCCCUUGUUGCUUUGUCGACCAGGUGUCGUUUGCGCUGAGCCGACUUUGGUGCCGAC